GUUGCAGAUAUCCUAACUGUAAAAGGAGGUACUGGCGCGAUAGUGGAAUAUUUUGGUCCUGGAGUCGAAUCGAUUUCCUGUACUGGCAUGGCGACCAUCUGCAACAUGGGAGCCGAAAUUGGAGCUACUACUUCCGUGUUCCCCUUCAACGACCGCAUGGUCGACUUUCUCCGAGCAACGGGCCGCUCAUCUAUUGCAGAUGCGGCCAAUAAAGUCAAGGUCUCUUUGCUUUCUCCAGAUCCGAAGUGUGUUUAUGAUCAGCUAAUCGAGAUCGAUCUAAACACUUUAGAGCCCCAUGUCAAUGGCCCGUUUACACCAGACCUGGCGCAUCCGAUAUCGCAGGUAGACUUUGUAAUAUGUGUUUUUGGCACCAAACUAUGGAUUAGUCUAUUUUUAAAAGACUGA